GCUAAACAUUUUUAUGGAGUUCAAGAAGUCUCCGAUGCUGAUGUAUCGAAGCUACCAAUAUGUCUAUCGCCUACGCCUGAAAGACCUGCAUAUCUACCAAGUGAUAUAACUCAAAGAGCACAUCAAUGUCAACGUCAUGCGAGGACUAACAGGCGUCUGUUCUAUGUACCGGAGGAUUGGAAUAUACCAAGGGAAGAUAGCAGCUGUGACUUAGGAGGGCCUCUAUAUAGUCCUCCUCAUAAAGCGAUAGAAGGCCCAUGUCCUCAACGACGAGCGCCACCACGUCGGGCACCUCCUCAGCGACGAGCGCCAGCAGCUCGACCGUGCCCACCACAACGUGGUCAACCACGUGCUCCACCACCUCAACGACGAGCGCCAGCAGCUCGACCGUGCCCUCCUCAACAACGAGCACCACCACCUCGUCCAUGCCCUCAACCACGUCCUCCACCACAGCGUCGAGCGCCACCACCACGACCAUGUCCUCCUCCACGUGCUCAACCACGUCCUCAACCACGUCCUCAACAACGAGCACCGCCAUCUCGACCAUGUCCUCCACGUGCGCAACAACGUCCUCAACAACGAGCACAACCAUGUCCCCCGCAGCGUGCUCAACCACGUCCUGCUCAACGUGCUCCACCAUGUCCUCAACAACGUCCUCCUGCUCAACGUAAUCCACUACCUCCUAGAAUUAGGAUCGAAAAUGUUGACAGUUCAAUG